GACGGCGCGGACGACAGGAGGACUGCAUCUCCCGGGGUGCCCCGCGGCGGGCGCUGGGCCGGAGCCGGAGCCGGAGCGGCGCGGCCUGGAAGAGGCCGGAACCCGGGGGAGGCGGCGGCAGCGGCGGCGGCGGGGGCAGCCCGGGAAGCCCGAGCCCCGUGGCCUGGGCCUGCGCUCGGCGCCAUGAGCGGCGGCGGGCCUUCGGGAGGCGGCCCUGGGGGCUCGGGCCGGGCGCGGACCAGCUCAUUCGCUGAGCCAGGCGGCGGAGGCGGAGGCGGUGGCGGCGGCCCCGGGGGCUCGGCCUCUGGCCCAGGGGGCACCGGCGGCGGGAAGGCGUCAGUCGGGGCCAUGGGUGGGGGCGUGGGAGCCUCGAGCUCCGGGGGUGGCCCCAGCGGCAGCGGCGGAGGAGGCAGCGGCGGCCCCGGCGCGGGCACUAGCUUCCCGCCGCCCGGAGUGAAGCUGGGCCGUGACAGCGGGAAGGUGACCACAGUAGUAGCCACCUUAGGUCAAGGCCCAGAGCGCUCCCAAGAGGUGGCUUACACAGACAUCAAAGUGAUUGGCAAUGGUUCAUUUGGGGUCGUGUACCAGGCACGGCUGGCAGAGACCAGGGAACUGGUGGCCAUCAAGAAGGUUCUUCAGGACAAAAGGUUCAAGAACCGAGAGCUGCAGAUUAUGCGGAAGCUGGACCACUGUAAUAUUGUGAGAUUGCGGUACUUUUUCUACUCCAGUGGGGAGAAGAAAGAUGAGCUGUACUUAAAUUUGGUGCUGGAAUACGUGCCUGAGACAGUGUACCGGGUGGCCCGCCAUUUCACCAAGGCCAAGUUGAUCAUCCCUAUUAUCUAUGUCAAGGUAUACAUGUACCAGCUCUUCCGGAGCUUGGCCUACAUCCACUCCCAGGGUGUGUGUCACCGUGACAUCAAGCCCCAGAACCUUCUGGUGGACCCCGACACUGCUGUCCUCAAGCUCUGCGAUUUUGGCAGUGCAAAGCAGUUGGUCCGUGGAGAGCCCAAUGUCUCUUACAUAUGUUCUCGCUACUACCGUGCCCCAGAGCUCAUCUUUGGAGCCACGGAUUACACCUCCUCGAUCGAUGUGUGGUCAGCUGGCUGUGUAUUGGCUGAGCUCCUCCUUGGCCAGCCCAUCUUCCCUGGGGACAGUGGAGUGGACCAGCUGGUGGAGAUCAUCAAGGUACUAGGAACGCCAACCCGGGAGCAAAUCCGAGAGAUGAAUCCCAACUACACAGAGUUCAAGUUCCCCCAGAUUAAAGCGCAUCCCUGGACAAAGGUGUUCAAAUCUCGGACGCCGCCAGAGGCCAUUGCGCUCUGCUCAAGCCUGCUGGAGUACACACCAUCCUCGAGGCUCUCCCCCCUGGAGGCCUGUGCCCACAGCUUCUUUGAUGAACUGCGGUGUCUCGGAACCCAGCUCCCCAACAACCGCCCGCUUCCCCCCCUCUUCAACUUCAGUCCUGGUGAACUCUCCAUCCAACCGUCUCUCAAUGCCAUUCUCAUCCCUCCUCACUUGAGGUCCCCAGCAGGCACGACUACCCUCACUCCAUCCUCACAAGCUUUAACUGAGACUCAGACCAGCUCAGACUGGCAGCCAGCCGAAACCACACCUGCCCUCAGUAACUCUUCUUGAGGGCCCCACCACUUACUCUUCCAUGUCCAUCUGGGAGCCCCAAGUGGGGCUGGGAAGGGGGGCCAUAGCCCAUCAAGCUCCUGCCAUGGCUGGGCCCCUAGACUAGAGACAGAGGUAAAUGAGUCCCUACCCCCACUCUAGUCCCUCCCUCACCAGCCUCACCUCUGGUGGGCUUUUUAAGAGGAUUUUAACUGGUUGUGGGGAGGGAAGAGAAGGAAGGACAGGGGUUUGGGGUAUGAGAAUCUCUUACCCCCAUGGCACCCUCCCCUCCCCUUGACUUCCACCUCCUCCAGUGUCCCUUGUAAAUAGACCCAGCCCAGCCCAUCUCCUUUCCCUUCCUUGCUCCUCCCCCCAGGUGUAAAUAGAUUGUUAUAAUUUUUUUCUUAAAGAAAACGUCGAUUCGCAUCAUCCAACCUGCCCCUUUCUCCUACAGCUGUAUCUCCCCUCUUGCCCUCUGCUCCCAAGGCCUCCCUCCUCUGCCCACCCUGGAGGGCUGGGGGAGUGGGGAGAGCCCCUGGUAUCUUAGUUUCCACAGUAAGGUUUGCCUGUGUACAGACCGCCGUUCAAUAAAUUAUUGGCAUGAAAACCUG